UCAUCUACGUGGCCCACCGCCCCGUCCAGUCUGCCGGAACGGAACUAAUGGGCCUCCAAGCCACCGUCCCCGCCGGCGCCACUCCCCUCCGCCGCAGCCUCCAAUCCUCCUCCUCCAGGGGCAGGGCCAGGGUCGCUCAGGGCGAUGGUGCAGCCCGUGGUGGUGGUGGGCGGCGGUCGCGUGGGCCAGGCGCUGCUCUCCAUGGGCCCGCCCGCCGGCGGCGACCUACUCCUCCGCCGUGGCGAGGCGCUCCCGCCCGCCGCGCCGGCCGGGCCCAUCCUAGUCUCCACCCGCAACGACGACCUUGACGCCGUGCUCGACGCCACCCCCAGGUCCCGGUGGCGCGACCUCGUCUUCUUCCAGAACGGGAUGCUGGAGCCGUGGCUGGAGAGCAAGGGCCUGGCGGGCGCCAACCAGGUGCUCGCCUACUUCGCGGUGUCCAGGCUCGGCGAGCCCCCCGUCGACGGCAUCACCGACGCCAACCCCCAGGGCCUCACCGCCGCCUUCGGCGCCUGGGCCCCCGCUGUCGCCGCCCGCCUCCAGAACGGCGGGCUCACCUGCAAGGUGCUUGAGAAGGGAGCCUUUGAGAAGCAAAUGCUAGAGAAGCUGAUUUGGAUUUCAGCUUUCAUGCUCGUUGGAGCUCGUCAUCCUGGGGCUACAGUUGGUGCGGUCGAAAAAGAAUACCGUUCUGAGGUAUCCAGCCUCAUAUUUGAAUUAGCAUCUGUCGCGGCUGCAGAGCGGGGGCUUUCUUUCGACGAGGGCAUGGAAGAGAGGCUCUGCGCCUACUCCAGAGCGGUGGCGCACUAUCCGACCACUGUGAAAGAGUUCAAGUGGAGGAACGGUUGGUUCUACUCGCUCACCGAAAAGGCCCUCACGGAAGGAAAGCCAGAUCCAUGCCCACUCCACACAGCUUGGCUCAAGGAGAUUAAAGUCAUAUAGAUAGAGAUUUUUCAUUACAUGUGCACGCGGCGCGAUGCGUGUCUCAGGUUAAAUCUUGGAGCAAGUUUUUGAGGUGCUUAACCGUUGAUACUAUGUAUAGAAAACAGAGUAUGUGGCAGACAAGUGUUGUGUUAUUUAUAUUAUUGGCAACAAGCUUUCAUGCGGUGGAGAAAACAACUAGUGGUACUGCUGCAUGGAGACAGACUAUUUGUGAUUUAUAUCUUCCGGUUGCUGUAACUCGGAGAGGCUUGCAACAUAA